ACAUCUGGUAGCUAGCGCUAGCUUGUUUAGCUGCAUAUUCGAGAUAUCUAGUUAACCGUUAUUAUUAACGUUAAAGUUUGGCAGAGUACGUUAAUGCGGCUAAUGGGUUAACCAGCUACAUGCGUUAACUAGCUGCCGUGUAUCUGACUUUCACAUGAUAAUGUCCAAAUACAGGUAUUUUAGUGUUCUUAAGUUUGAGGCAAAACGCAAUGUUGCUUGGCUAGCUGCCACCCCUGAGUCAAUAACCCGAAGAUGAAUUUGACAGUUUACAUACGAGAUUGUGAAUACUGAGGAAUGUUUCCCUGAUGCUAAUAUGCCAUCAUGUGAUCAGUUUGGGAUCUGUGGUGCAUUUAACGUUACAUUCAGUCACAUAAAUGAAAAGCUGUAGUUGUUAGUAAUCAGGCACCCCAACUAACAAAGCCUUUCAUUUUGGAUAUAUUUAUCAGAUGAUCUAAGAAAUUAUCGCCUUCCUGCUGACAGCGGGGCUAUUUUCUUCAGUCAGUCUAAGCAAAUGUAAGUGCCAGGUUAUUAUCCCAACUCUCUGUGGUAAUGCUGAGGUAGUCCCAGCAGAAGUGAGCGGAUUAUGAUCGUGUUGGAUUUGCACACAGAGGGAAACAGAAACACCUAUUAGCUUUCUGAAGAAGACCCUCUGAUGUGAUUUCAACUUGGCACUUGUGAUCAAGGACAGACGCACUGCUCAUGCUGCCACAGUAGAUGUGCUGUCACUAUGCUGCUGAGAGAAGAAUGACAUUUGUCUCAUUUUCAUUCCUGGAGAUCCUUCGAGCAGUGUUGAGGCUUGAUUAAAAAGCUGCUGCUGUUUCUUUGCACUGCCUCAACCUAGUGUGCAAACUGUUAUGGCAUUGGAGGCCAACUAAGCAAAAGGUUGGUCGUACUGGAGGAUUAGACUGUGCUGUGGGAGUGGGGACUGGACCAGGAGAGCAGGCCCACAGCGACACACAUCAUGCUGCAGGGACACUAGGCUCCCUGUUUAAGCCCCUUCUGUGUGGCGCUUCUUUUUUUCUUUUCCUGCAGUCUCAUCAGUUUGGAUGGUUGAGCACAAGGGCUACUUUGAAGGAGCCCACCGGUGGCUGUGGUUUGGCCAGAGCUGACAGACUGCUUGCCAGCUAUUGCUGAUCAGGAACCCUUGUACACUGCUACCACUGCUGUAGCCCCCUUAUGUGAUCUCCAGUAUGGUGAGUGGAGGCUGGAGGCAUCGCAGGAGUUGAACUGAACCAUUAAUACUGGUGUAGCUGGUUACUUUCCAUCAUUUUUUUCCUGCACUGUGAAGGAUAGCAUUCCGGUUUUCAAGGACUUUUUUUCUCUGUGCUGAAAAAAAAACCACCACAGUCAAGGUCAUUUUUAAAAUUUAAACUUCGGAAAGAAGACCGCUCCAGAGGAGGAUGAAGCUCAGGAAGCAGGUGACGGUGUGUGGAGGGGCCAUAUUUUGUGUGGCUGUAUUCUCGCUGUAUCUGAUGUUGGAUCGAGUCCAACAUGACCCUGCAAGGCGACAGAAUGGCGGGAACUUUCCACGGAGCCAAAUCUCUGUUCUGCAGAACCGGAUAGAGCAGCUGGAGCAGCUCCUGGAGGAAAACCACCAAAUCAUCAGCCACAUAAAGGACUCUGUGAUGGAGCUCACAGACACAGGAGCUGUCUCUCCCAGCGGCCACCUGCCAUUCAGAAGUGCCAAUGGUUCUUGGGUCCUUCCCUUUGAUGGCCGCCCCACUUUCCUCGCUGUCAAGCCCCAGGAUUGCCAAUUUGCUGUAGGCAGCCGUGGUCAAGCAGACGUUCAGAUGCUGGAUGUGUACUCCCUCCUCAAGUUUGACAACCCCGAUGGCGGCGUAUGGAAACAGGGCUUUGACAUUACUUAUGAACCUGAAGAGUGGGACAAUGAACCGCUGCAAGUGUUUGUGGUCCCCCACUCCCACAAUGAUCCAGGUUGGAUCAAGACUUUUGACAAGUACUUCACAGACCAGACGCAACAUAUUUUAAACAACAUGGUGGUGAAGCUGGCAGAGGAUCCUCGCAGGAAGUUCAUCUGGUCUGAGAUUUCAUUCUUCUCCAAGUGGUGGGAGACUGCAGACAUACACAAGCAGGAGGCUAUGCGCAAACUGAUCCUUGGAGGGCAGCUGGAGAUCGUGACGGGAGGUUGGGUGAUGACAGAUGAAGCCAACGUUCACUACUUUGCCAUGAUAGACCAGCUCAUUGAAGGACAUCAGUGGCUGGAGAGAAAUCUAGGUGUAACUCCUCGCAGUGGGUGGGCGGUAGACCCUUUCGGUCACAGUGCUACUAUGCCCUAUCUGCUGAAAAGGGCCAACCUGACCAGCAUGCUCAUCCAGAGGGUCCAUUACUCCAUCAAAAAACACUUUGCCUCCACCCGCAGCCUGGAGUUUAUGUGGAGACAGGCCUGGGACACUGGAUCGAGCACAGACAUCUUUUGCCACAUGAUGCCAUUCUACAGCUACGACGUGCCUCACACCUGUGGGCCCGACCCGAAGAUCUGCUGCCAGUUCGAUUUCAAGAGGUUACCAGGUGGUCGGAUAAACUGUCCCUGGAAAGUGCCACCAAAAACUGUGGUGGAGGCCAAUGUAGCAGAGAGGGCAAACCUGCUCCUGGAUCAGUACCGUAAAAAGUCCCAACUCUACCGCAGCAAGGUACUUCUUGUCCCUCUGGGAGAUGACUUCCGCUACGACAAGGCCCUGGAGUGGGAUCAGCAGUACAUCAACUACCAGAAGCUGUUUGACUACAUGAAUUCUCACACAGAGAUGCAUGUACAAGCUCAGUUUGGGACUCUGACAGACUACUUCAACGCUGUAUACAAAGCACAUGGAGUGGCCCAGGGAUCCAGACCCGCAGACUACCCAGUGCUUAGUGGAGAUUUCUUUGCCUAUGCAGACCGUGAAGACCACUACUGGACUGGCUAUUUCACCUCUCGGCCCUUUUACAAGAGCCUGGACCGUGUGAUAGAGUCACACCUCAGGGGGGCAGAGAUCCUUUACAGCCUGGCGGUUGCGAACGCUCGGCAUGCUGGCAUGGAAGGCCGCUACCCGGUCUCGGAUUAUGCCCUGCUAGUGGAUGCGAGGCGGUCUGUCGGCCUCUUCCAACAUCACGAUGCCAUCACUGGCACUGCGAAGGAGAAUGUUGUCAUUGACUACGGCACCAAAUUACUGCGUUCACUCAUCGGUCUGAAGAGAGUAAUCAUCAAUGCUGCUCAUUUCCUGGUCAUGAAGAACAAAGAGUUUUAUCGCUUUUACCAAACGGAGCCCUUCCUGGAGACGGAUGACAGGCGUGCCACUCAAGACUCUCUGCCUCAGCGCACUUUAAUCGAGCUGGACCCAGCAGGACCGAGGUACCUGGUUCUGUUCAACCCCAUCGAGCAGGAGCGGCUGAGUGUGGUGACUGUGUUGGUCAACACGGUUAGGGUGCGGGUGCUCACUGAGGAUGGACAGACCCUGCCUGUGCAGCUGAGUGCUCAGUGGAGCUCUGCUAGUCAAAUGAGUGCGGAGGUAUUUGAGGCAACAUUCAUGGUUCGUCUGCCGGCGCUGGGUUUGGCUCUGUUCCAUCUUUACGACUCUCCCGACUCGCCCAUGACGCUCCGCUCUGACACCCUGCUCAGGCUGACCGGUCGGGGCGCCACUGCUCGAGCCGCGGACCCACUUCCCGUCCGCUCUCAGCAGUCCGACCCUCAGACCUUCUACAUCAGCAGCCAGUCUCUCACACUGGGUUUUUCUGGAACCACCGGCCUGCUGGAGAGUAUCAAGCGCAAGGAUGAUCCUCAGGAAGUGAAGGUUCAGAUGCAGUUCAUGGUCUACGGCACUCGCCCCUCUAAAGACAAAAGUGGAGCUUACCUCUUCCUACCCGAUGGAAAAGCAAAGCCCUACAACCAGAAAGAACCACCUGUGGUGCGCGUAGUGGAGGGGCCUCUUUUCUCGGAGGUGGUGGCACACUACCAACAUUUUCAGCAGUCCAUUCGUAUACACAAUGUGCCAGGGGUGGAUGGGUUGUCUAUAGACAUCACCACCAUGGUGGACAUCAGAGAUCAGACCAAUAAGGAGCUGGCAAUGCGUCUGGUCACUGACAUCCAGAGUGGAGAUGAGUUCUACACAGAUCUCAAUGGCUUCCAGAUGCAGCCUCGUCACCACCACCUAAAGCUUCCCCUGCAGGCUAACUUCUAUCCCAUGCCCAGCCAGGCGUACAUCCAGGACAGCAAUCACCGCCUCACGCUGCACACAGCUCAGUCUCUGGGUGUCAGCAGCCUGGAGAGUGGCCAGCUUGAAGUGAUUAUGGACCGGCGGCUGAUGCAGGAUGAUAAUCGUGGGCUGGGUCAGGGCCUGAAGGACAACAAGAAGACGGCCAACCGCUUCCGACUGCUGCUGGAGAGGAGAUCUACGGGCAACAAGAUGGACAGUGCAACAAAUAGCUUCCCGUCUAUACUCAGUCACAUGACCAACGCGUUCCUGAACCACGAGGUCUUGGCGCUGCCCGUCCUACCCAAGAGACGUGGCAUCCCUCCUCUGCAAACCUUCGCCCCUCUCAAGUACAUCCUGCCCUGUGACUUCCACCUGCUGAACCUGCGCAGCAUCCAGAGCCAGCAGGACCCCCACUCUCCGUCUCCGUACACUGCCUUGAUUCUUCACCGUCUGGCACUGGACUGUGGCCUGGAGGCUCAGAACCUGGGCUUCAACUGCACCACCACACAAGGACAGCUCAGUGUAUCAGGACUGUUCAAGAACCUGGACCUGCAGCUGCUCCAGCCCAUGUCCCUGACUCUGAUGCACUCCAGCAUGCCUCUGGCCAACGACUCCACCAUCAGCCUGGAUCCCAUGGAGAUCUCCGCCUUCAAGCUCAAACUGCGCUAAGAGCCGUCCGGACUAAAGAGGCAAUAGAAACCCACCAGACUCCUUGGACCAAGAACCAGGCCCACGCUGGCCAUAGACAGGGGUCUGGGUCUCUCUGUUUUGUCAAGCAGAACCACAAACACUACAGUUCGGAGAGGAAGGUUCCACUGUAACAGGACUGACUGCACAGCAGGGGGCAGGCGAUGGCUGUUACUGUGGACGUCUCGGAAAGCAGCAAAACCCGGGUGAACUCGCAGCUAUUCCAAAACAAGCAAGACUGCCAGAAUCGCACAUCAGAUACAACCGGGGCUCUGUUUGUCUCUGUAAUCGAAAAUGAAAUCUCAUUUAGUUCUGCUUUGUAAGAACUCGUGUGUCUUUUUCUAUCUUUGCUCCAUCCUGGACUGAACUACUGAAUGUAAAUAUCCCAAAUGACGGGGGGCCUGGGACUCGUGCCACAUCAGAGUGCAAUUUACAAAGCUUUAUUUGGUGUAUGGGUUUUGAAUUUUGUCUUUAUGUACGCAGUGAAGAAGACUCACAUCACAGUGAUUUGUUUUUGUACCUGUCAGUCUAACGUUGGCUGCAGUUAAUUUUUAUUUUUGUUUCGACAGACUCGAAUGCAGCAAAGCGAAUGUGUGGUCUCUUCAUCCCAACUCGCGAGGAUACCCAAGCUGCGGCUCUUUAAGCUAUGAUAUGUCUGAGUCCAAGACUCCCACGCUCAUCACUACGCCUAUGUUUACCUUCUGUUUGCUGUUUUUGCUUGUAGAUAGUCCGAAGACUUUCUUUCCUUCACUUCUUUUUCCCUCCCUGAGCUUCCUCUUUGCUGAUGAGAAAACUGUGGAAGGUCUGUGCAUUUCAAAGCCCCUGUCUGUCAUUCCUGUGCACGUACUUCACUGCUGAGAGGGUGGUUUUAUUUACCAUGCUGUAUGCAGUAGACUAGACAAAGACUAUACCUCAUAUAUAUAUAUAUAUAUAUAAAUUAAAAAAAAAAAAAAAAAUCAAUCAUACGGCAAAUAUAUCUGUGAGUGUGUGUAGAGUAUGUUGUGAAUACUUGAGGGUUUUUGUUUUUGGGUGUAUUGAGGUUACAGUGUACACUAUCAGGGACCAUUCAUAGUACUGUGAGGUAUCGUCGAUCAGUUUGGGUGUCUGCGUCGAGCAGUGUGUCACAUCAUUGCAGGACAAAGGGAUCUUCCUAUUGAAGGUCAGAGCAUAAAGGGUAAGUUCACCCAAAUUGCAAAAAUAGAGACAUUUUGUCCAGUGGUAUCUGGCUAUGCAGAUAGAUUUGGUUUUGAGAUGUCUAUAGCUGCUACUAAUGAUUGUUUUCAUUUUUGAUUAACCGUUAAGUUGAUUUUAAAAUGUCAAAAGAGUGAAAAAAGCUCUUUAUAAUUUCCCAGAGGCCAAGGUAACAUCUUUUUAAUCACUUGUUUUGUACAAACAGCAAUCCAAAACCAAGGUUUUUCAGACAGAUUUUUAAACCGAAAAGUAGCACAUGCUCAUUAGAAAAUCAGAGAAUGGCAUUUUUGCCAUUUUUGGUAAAGGAUACCCGACAAUGGAUGAAAUGAUUAAUUGUUGGCGAUUCAUUGUCUUUUGAUUGUUUUACCACUACAUCUGUCUCUGAGAUUUCUGCCACUUCCCCCAACACAAUGAAGUUGAAUGGAAUUAAAUUUUUGGUGCUCAGUGCAUUAAAAAUCACAAUUGUCUGCGUGUCAAGAUACCACUAAGUUAAGACUUAAGAGAGAAUGAAUAUAUAUAUAAAUUUUUUUUUGUUUUUUGUAAUUUGGGUGAACUGACCCCUUUUAAGAUCAAUGUAUCAAACCAUACACAGGGAUCCUCAACACAGAAGAAAAUAAGUUUCUUCAAAUGAGCUGCAGUGUUUUUUUUAUUUAUUUCUGUUCCACAGUGCUUCUUAUCCCCAGGCUGUCUCAAGGCACUCAGCCUUUUUCUGGUGCGUAUCUGCCUCCACAGCGGUUGUGGAGGAUGUUGUCACCUGUGUCCAAAGCUGAGGACAUCUCACAGCCCUCCUGUCUCACACUUUGUACUGCACAGCCAUCUCACCCUGCCCCACUGUGCCCCAUCACUUUAACCGGUCAUCAUCUUCAUUUUCCAUAGGAGGUCUGCUGCUUUGUUGCUCUCCUCCUCUGGCCUGAUGUCUGGUCUGCCAUAGUUCAAUCCAUUCUGCUUUCCCUCCCCCUCCAGCUGUUUCUGUUAGACCAGACUUCAGUGCAUCUUGAAUCGCACUUUCUCCUGUCAUCCAGUAACCUUGUCACAACCUUCUCUUCUGCUGUUUUGGUGUGCGUCUGAGUCUCUGUCUCUUUCUUUUUGAAAUGUGAUAUCUGUUGUAGCGCAGCUUUUGUUUGUUCAGAGGUAAUAUAUGAAGGCAAGGUCUCGUCUGUAUUUGUUUAUUCAUGACGGAUUAAAGCUGCAGUAGAACAGAAGAGAUGGGGAGUGAAUAAAGAUCAAAAUACAAA